AUCUGGAGAAUAUGAAUUAAUUUACGUGCGCAUUGAAAAGGAGCUCUCAUCUUCCCACGGUUAAAAUCCUUCAUACACCCAGCUGCCCGCCGAGUGAAGUUUUGCCUGAGGUAGAAAGUGGCCCGAUAGAUCGACUGAACUUCAGAGGCUUCAAUUAGAAAUGACUUAUCUCAUCUUGGUGUUCGGUAUUUUGGUGCUCGCACCACCCCUUAUAAAAGGAGCUUCCAAGCCAUUACCUACAGUGUACAUCCAAAUGGAUCUCAAAUACACGUGGUCUGAGUUUUGUCUUUUAGAAACAUAUUUCAAAACGAAAAUGGCCGAUUUGGUGCUGGAUGAUCAUGGGCAUCAUCUCAACGUCUCGCAGAUAUACAUAAACAAUUUUGACGAAAACUGUCCCCCGAAGAACAACGUCGACAAAGCGUCACCAAAGUUUUACAUCAUUAAGCCAGGCGGGGCCUACGAUGAAGUCAAUAAAAAUGCAACCAUAAAAGCGUACGAGACUCUUCGUUAUUUGACUGAUAAUAAUCUUGGAAUACUUGCUGGACCGCUAUUUCAGAGAAAGAUCGAAAAAGUGGAGGCCAAGGGUGAAGAUGCCCCACCUAAGCCAACCGGGUUCACAGAACUGGAAAGAACUUACAUCGCCAUUGGAAUUGCCUGUGGGAUUUUGGCCAUCAUUGUUUCAAUAGCAGUAAUUGUGUACGUCAUCAAGAAUAAAAAGAACGGAGGUAGAACUAACGAAAAUAAGCCUACACGUGAGAUCAUUGGGGAAGAGAACAGACUACAUACCAGCCCUGAGUUCAUUGGGGAAGAGAACAGACUACAUGCCAGCCCGCCUCACAAUAUCAGCGAAACAAAGUUUUAAAGCUUGUAUUUGCAAAGAAAUGUUCUGCUUUGCCUAAAUUAGAUUAGUGUGUUACUGAAUUGGUAAAACAAGUCAUUUCAUCGUUCAUAUGUAUAUAAUCUUGAUCCGACUUAAUUUCAUUACUCCUGCAACUUAUUGCUAUAAAGCAUUGCUUUUUGCAAAAUUUCUUCCACAACGCAUGUACCCAGCUUAAGACCAACAUUCUGGUCAAAGAUCCACCCCUGAUUUAAGGACUCGCGUCUCUCGCCAUAUUAUGCGAGGAGCCUUUAAAGGUCAUUUUGGUGCAUCAAAUAAAAAAAAUAAAAAAAAAAAAACAAGUAAAAAUCUUGGUUGAAACACAUUGUAUGCAUGUAAAACCUACAGAAAACAGUUUCUCGAGUAAAAGUAGUUAGCCAUGUCUCGUCUUUUACUCCUUAGCUUGACAUACUCGUCUCAUUUUGGCACAACUUCCGAUGCAUAUUUACGUUAUCAAUGCCUAGUCUCAUAAUUCAAACCCUUCCGAGCAGGGUGAGAAAAAAUAAAUGAUACCUAGAAUUGCACACUGACUUAAAAAAGGAUAAGUUGAUCAUAGCGAUCACGUGCUGGACUCGUUUAGGUAUCAGCAUUUGAUCAUCACUAUCAUUGGACUGUUUUUCCAUAUGAUUACAACAUAAUGAUCGCUGGACUUUCCUUAACUCCAACAAUUAUUGGAAGGUCGAUCGUUGCGAUAAUUCCCAGCUGAGAGGAAGUCGGGUUUUUUUAUUAAAUAUUCCUCAAGCACGUUUACAUUAUUGAAUUAUAUUUAUAGCUUUGAGUAGUUUUUGUUGAGGAAUGAGACUGCUAUUCUUUCUAAAUAUCACACAAAUAAAAUUGGCAUAAAAUCGAUAUACAGGGUAUCUGACCCCUGCCGAUUCUGUUCAGUUUUAUCGGGGAUGAGCUGUAAAACAAGACAUAACUGGCGACCUAAUACAAAAGGGAAUUAUGAAUUUUGAAAACCA